ACCAGCAGGGGCAGCACUGUAAACCCACCGCCGCAUGUACGAGCAAAUAAAAUAAAAGUGACGUCACUGGUGUCCUCAUUUCCUCCUUCUUCCUGCGCCGCAUGCUUUUCUGAGCAGCUGUGGGGAACAGAAGACAAUAUGAAUCAAGAGAAACUCGCUAAACUUCAAGCCCAAGUCCGAAUAGGGGGCAAGGGCACAGCACGUAGGAAGAAGAAGGUCGUCCACAGAACAGCAACAGCUGACGACAAAAAACUUCAGAGUUCCUUAAAGAAACUUGCUGUGAAUAACAUCGCUGGCAUAGAGGAGGUGAACAUGAUAAAGGACGAUGGGACCGUGAUCCAUUUCAAUAAUCCCAAAGUGCAGGCGUCUUUGUCUGCCAACACGUUUGCCAUUACAGGCCAUGCAGAGACCAAGCAGUUGACAGAGAUGCUACCCGGUAUUCUCAGUCAACUCGGCGCAGACAGUCUUACAAGUUUGCGUAAAAUAGCGGAGCAGUUCCCCAGACAAGUUCUCGACAACAAAGCCCCCAAAGCAGAAGAUAUUGAUGAGGAGGACGAUGAUGUCCCAGAUCUGGUGGAGAACUUUGAUGAAGCAUCAAAGAAUGAGGCAAACUGAUUCCGCACGACCUCUUUAAUUGGAAUUGCAGUUCAGGGAAGACCCUGUUGCAGUAUUUUAAAUUAGAUGACUGGCGACAUAUCAUUUCAACACUAUCCAGCAGUGCAGAGACUUUUGUAUUUUAAAUUGGCGGUCUGCCUAGAUAAUCUUCAUUGGCCUGGUUCUUGCACUUAAAUGAGAAGGCGGUUAUGAGCUAUAACUUACGGUUCAGGAUGAAUACCACAUUGCAAUCUUGACCAUGAUUGGUGUGGUUAUGGAAUAACUAGUCUUAAUUAUUAUUUUUGUCAAUGAAACAAUAAAUAUCAUAAACCUU